UGUCAUUGAUGGCAAUGACACGUGCUCUCCGGGGAGGAUAAUGGACCACACAGUCAAAUAGCCAGAUGUUGCUCUUAACUAAAUUCUGAUAAAUAAGACUGAUGAGACUAUUAGAGCCUAACUAAUAAUGGGACGUUUUCUGGCUGAUCUGUUGCUGCUCCUGUUCAUUUCUUCACGGCAAGUUUGUGGAGUGUCAUUCUAUGGCAAUGGUUACAUUCACCUGGAGACAGCAGAGAGGUCCGUUCAGACAUCAAUCCAUGUUCAGUUUCGGACCUCGAGUCAGUCGGGGCUGCUCUUUCUGGCAGCAGGACAGCAAGACUUCUUACUUUUGGAACUGAUCUCAGGGCGCUUGCAGGUACGGCUGAACCUUGGCUCAGGUGAGCGUUCGCUACGCUCGGAAAGGGGCAUUAACCUCAGCGAUUGGGAGUUGCACACAGUGCAGCUGAACCACACACACAAUAAUGUCAUCAUGGCUGUGGACCAAAAUGCUCACAACAGUAUCAGAAUGCCAGGACCGGAUCUGGAGCUCACUAUUGAGGGCGGGCUCUUUGUUGGGGGUACCACUGGACUGAGUCAUCCCUACCUUUUUAACACCUCAUCUGGGUUUAGAGGUUGCAUGGAUGAAGUUGUCUUCAAUGAACACAAUCUGCUGUCCAACCUUAGGCCGUAUUCUACAUACAAGAAAGUCCAUGAGGUGUCUGUGGGCUGCGAUCCACAGUUUUCGGCUACCGAGGAGGACCCUGUCAGUUUUUCCACCUCUAAAGCCUUUAUCUCUCUCCCGCCAUGGGAGAUGCAUCAAGAGGGGGUGUUUGAGUGUGACCUGCACCCGUCUGCCGAGGAGGAAAAUGGCAUUGUCAUGUUUAGCUCUGGCAACAACGGAGGGUUCGUAUCCAUUGAGAUCCGGGAGGGCCACCUCGUAGUUUCAGUGGGAAAUGGGGGGGUGAGUAAAACUGAGUUGCAUUCUCUGACCAAUGUUCACAACAACCACACCUGGUACUCCAUCCAGCUGCACCUGCUGCCCCAUAGUGUCCAGCUGAAGAUAGGCAAAGAGCUGGUGAGGGCCAGCCUGAAUCAGCAGCUUCAGGUCAUCCAGCUCAAAGGUCCUCUUUACCUGGGAGGACUGGACGAGGAGACUCUGGCAGAAGCGAGACGGGUAGGAUUGCCUUCUGUUCCAUCGGGCGAAAGAGGAGGAGGCUCUUUUCAAGGCUGCCUCCAAGAAAUUAGGGUGAACACUAAACAAACAGGCCUGCCACAUGCCACGGUCACCAAGGACAUCACUGUGGGCUGCAAACCGAGGCAAGUUUCGCAACCAGAGACAAGCACAAGCCCCAAAGGUCUCGCUAAAGUUGAUGUUACAACACAGAAGAUGACCAACAAGAAGAACCCUAAUUUCUUGUUAUUACGAAAGCUGGAGGUAGCAGAGGGAGGCCAGGCGCCACUGGAACCAAAGCACAUGAAGGUGAAUUUGGAUUUCCGCAAACUGGGCAUCCAUCCAUCUCAGUUGAUGUUCCGUGUUGAGGAGCAGCCUGUUCACGGCCAGCUCCAGUUUGACCUCAAAACAGACCAGAAUGGGAUGCCCAAUGAAGGACAGGAGAUGAGCACCGCUGUGGGAACCGAGAAGGGCCAAACUUUCAGUAUGCUGGACCUGUGGCAGGGUCGAGUGAUGUACGUCCACAGUGGUUCGGAGGACCAGGAUGACUUCUUCAUUUUUUCAGUGUUCUCAAGCAACAACAAGGAGCUUCCUAUGUUUCUAAAAGAGAACAAUCACCACCGUCUUAACAUAAGCAUCACUCCUGUCAAUGAUCCUCCGGUGCUUAGCCUGCCCGGAGGAAACAUUUUUACCCUGCUUGAGAAAUCCAGACGACAGUUUACAACCGAUGUUUUGAAAGUCUCAGACCCUGACAGCAGCCCUGAAGAGCUGGUUUUUAGCUCUUUGGGGAACCUUAAUACUGAAGCUGGGUACCUUGAGCAUCAGGACAACCCUGACAGGCCCAUCAACAUGUUCACCCUGAAUGACCUGGAGGAAGAUAAGAUCAGCUUUGUCCACACUGGGGUUUCCGCUUCCAGGCUGGCACUCAGAGUCAGCGACGGGCAGAGAGUGAGCAACACAGUGAUUUUGAGGAUAAUGGCCGUGGCACUCGAACACAAACUCGUGAAUAACACUGGAUUGGAGUUGAACCAGGGCGAGGCCUCUCUCAUUACCACCACUCACCUUGCAGUACAAGUUAACGUGGCUGAAAAUACAGUGGACGUCUGGUAUGAUGUGGUGGAGUUGCCGCAGUACGGCGAAAUCCAAAGGCUACACUCGAGUGGUGACUGGAAACAGACAACAUCCUUCUCUCAGAAACUUCUAGAAAAGGAACGGAUCCGAUAUGUCAGCACCUAUCAUGGUCUUCAGACUCAGAACAAUAUCGUUGAUCAAUUCACAUGCAAAAUCAUCAUCAAUUCAUUGGCCAAAGAUGAGUUAGUAUUCCGCAUAGCUAUACGCUGGAUCCAUUUGAAAUUAACAAGAAGCAAGAUGGAGGUCCAUGGGCUUCAGGCCGCAGUUGUCACUCCGGAGGACCUCCACGUGAUUUCUAAGGGUGUUAAACUCAAUGAGAGUGACCUCUACUUCAGGCUUCUGACUUUACCAAAGAAAGGUCAGCUGUUUCUCAGCAGCAAACCCCUGCAAAGGAACUCAACCUUUAGCCAGAAGAACGUCACAGAUGGUUUGGUAAAGUACGAACUUUUCAACAGGCUCCACGACGACACAAGGGAUUCCUUCAGCUUUCAGGUGUUUUCAGCACAUGCCAGCUCAACGGCUUAUGACUUCAGGAUCAACAUCAAAGCUGAGUCAAACCUCAUCACGCUUGUCAACAAAGGCCUUUCAAUCCUGGAGGGAGCAAGUAAGGUUAUAACGAAAGAUAUUUUGUUCGCUCACAUUGCGAGUAAUCGGGAGGUCCACUACAACAUCACUGUGAGCCCCAGGCAUGGGCAGAUCAGGAAGAUCAACCUCUCCAACUCGACCUCCAUUAAUGACAACAUUGUGACGUUCACAAAUCAGGAUAUAACAGAGGAACGGAUCAUGUAUGUCCACGAUGACAGUGAGACCAAACAGGAUUUCUUCGUCUUCCAGGUUGUGAUUCUCAAAGCGCACAAACAGGCAAACAAGAGGGAGGACAGACACACAGCAGAGCACACCUUCAAUAUAUCUGUGCAACUCGUCAACGAUCAGAGACCUGUCAGGGUGGUCGACAAGGUUUUCCAUGUGGCUCGAGAUGGCCAACGGUUGGUUACAUUGAGUGAUCUUUGUUAUCACGACGAUGAUUCGGAUUUCGAGGACAGCUGGCUGGUGUACACCCGGAGGGGGAUUCCUAUGGGAGAGCUGGUGCAGGCCAGCGAUCCAAGUCAAAGGCUGUACGAGUUCACACAGCGAGACCUUGAGCAGAAAAAGGUGUUGUUCAUCCACAGCGGGGUGAGUUUUGGUCGUUUUGUGCUGUUCGUAACAGAUGGAAAACAUUAUGUUUCAGCCCUGCUGGAGGUCAUGGCUCAGGAUCCUUACCUGAAGGUGGAGAACAACACGGGUCUCAUGGUCCAGCAAAGUGGAAUUAUAGCUUUGACUUCCGCUAACCUCAGCGUCUUCAGCAACCUUGACAUCCGAAACCCCCAGGAAGUUACAUUUGAAGUCUUCAUUCCACCGAAACACGGUGUGAUCUGCUUCAGUGAUGGACAGGGGGAGACAAUAAUAGGAACCGAUGCGAUUUCAGUUUUCACCCAGCGAGACCUGGAGGCAGGCCGUCUGGCGUAUCAUCACAGUGGAGGCGACGAGUUGUCAGACGUUUUCAAUGUGACCGCCAGAGCAAGAGAAAGGAGCACAGGAAAGCACCUGGAAAGAGGGAGAAGGGACGUGCAUUUGGAUAUUGGAGUGUCAGUAAAAAUAUACCUCGAGAGUCAUCACAGGCCACCAACUGUCAAAACAAAUAACCCUGUAGUGGUGGAAGAGGGACAGAAUGUUUCUAUAAGCAGGGACAAUUUGGAGGUUGUCCAUGAGGACAGCCAACCCUCAGAGAUAGUUUUUACUAUACAUAGUCCUCCCUCGCUGGGCACCAUUCAAAGAUUAACCGCCAACAAUACACAUUACCAGGCUGCCGGGCAGGAGGCCACCACCUCCUUCUCCCAGGAAGAUGUCAACCAGGGGUUUCUGGUAUACCACCAGCAGGCUGCCAGAGGCACCAAUGACUCCAUUGAGAUGGAGGCGACCAAUGGGGUGACAAAGGUUGGACCUAUCAGGCUAGAGAUUGACAUCAUACCGCUUCUUCUUCCUCUGCAGCUAUCUGACCUGACCCUUGAUGAGGGGUCGUCAGUGCCUCUCACGGCUGACAUCAUUAAGGUCGCCAGUCAUCACUUCUCGGGGAUGAACUUCCUGUACCAGGUCAUUGUUCCGCCGAGAUUUGGACACUUGGAGCACAGCCGCAUCCCAGGAAUGCCCAUCAACGCUUUCACUCACACCGAGGUGGAACGGGAAUACAUCUCCUAUGUCCACGAUGGCAGUGAAACACUGAGGGACAACUUCACCAUUGUUGGCAACCAGACUGAAUUAAAGAAGCACAGCCUGCCAUGCACUGUUCACAUCAACAUCACCCCUGUCAACGACGAGACUCCAGUAAUUACCAGCAAUAAGGGUCUUAAGGUAUGGGUGGGUUCUGUAACGGAAAUAACCAUGAGUGACCUGUGUGCUGAGGAUGCCGAUACUCCACCUGAGGAUCUGGAGUUUGUGGUCACACCACCCAGCAAUGGCCACCUAGCUCUGAAGAGUGCCCCCUCCAGGCACAUCCUGAACUUUACCCAAAGUCACAUACAAAACAAGCAACUCCUGUUUGUUCACAGUGGGGCCUUAUCGGGGGGUUUUCAUUUCCAAGUGAACGACGGCGUAAACUUUGCUCCUCGGCAGAUCUUCAGCACUUCAGCUCACACUGUUGUCCUCACUCUGCAGAGAAACCACCCCAUGGAGGUUUAUCCAGGCUCUGUCACACCAAUCACAGAGGAGGAACUGAAGGUUGUAACCAACAAUAUCAGUGACAUCAGGAGAAACCAGUCUGUGGUUUUUGCAGUGACUGCUCCUCCUAAACUUGGCCGCCUGAUCCGUCGAAUGCCCGAUAACUCUUCCAGAAGCAUUUCCACAUUCACACAGGCCAUGGUCAGGGAUGGGGUUAUCCUGUAUGAUCAGAACAAACCACAGUCAGUGGGGUGGUCUGCUGCAGACUCCUUUUCUUUCACCGUAUCAUCUCCUCCGGCCUUCCUUCCAACGCACACUUUCAGCAUCUUAAUCUCCUACCAAGCCAACGAACAUCAAGACAGCCGCCAUAGCAAGACCAGGCUGCUGAACAAUGCAGGUGCUGUUGUGGCCGAGGGAGGCAGAGUAACAAUAGACAGGUCUAAGCUCGAUGCCUCUAAUCUCUUGGGGAAAGUUCCAGAGUCCCACCGGAAAGACCACCACAUCAUGUACCGAGUGAUAAAUCAUCCCCGACAUGGAGCUCUGACCAUACGGGGACACAACCUCACGAGGAACCACCCAGACUUCUCACAGGCUACUCUGAACAAGUUUGGCAUCACAUACAUCCACGAUGACUCGGAGACCACGAGCGACAGCUUCACUUUCCGGGCCUGGGUGGCUCCUUCAGACCUAUCCUCCUCUUCAUCCUCCUCCUCAUCGUCAUCCUUGUCUGCUUAUUCCUCCGAUUCCUCCAACUCUUAUUCCCCUCGCUACUCAUCUUUACCAUCAUCUUCCUUCUCGUCCCUUGAUGCUGUCUCUCAUCGCCACCGUGACAAAGAAAGCGUGGCCGUGACAGAGAUGUUCAACAUCACAGUGACACCCGUGAAUGACCAUCCACCGCUAAUCAGGAGCAGAGCCCCGAGUAUGAAAGUUGUGAUUGGAGAAAGAGUCGUAAUUGGACCUGACAGUCUCCAGGUUGAUGAUCAUGACACGCCCCCAGAAGAACUGCACUAUCUUGUGAUCAGUAAACCCAACAAUGGCUACCUGACGUUGGGAGAAAGGCCAGAAACUGUGACCUCCUUCACCCAGUAUGAUGUCAACCACGGCCGCCUGCAUUUCAUACAACAGGGCGACCCCUCAACAGGAGUGUUCUACUUCAACGUUACUGAUGGCCAUCAUCGUCCUCUCUAUAAGCUUUUUAGUUUGGAGGUGAUCAAACCCUCUGUGUCUAUUGUAAACAACACUGGCCUGUCACUGGUUCAAGGCCGCACCGCAGUGGUCCUGACAACCAACCAGCUCGCGGCCCAGACCAAUGGUCAAACCCAGGGGAACAUCUUGUACACUGUUACCUCACACCCUCGCCACGGCCGUAUCGCCAUCGACGACAAGGAGGUGAGCACUUUCCGGCACGAGGAUCUCCAGUUCGGUCGAGUUGUGUACCACAUGACUGACCUCAGUGAAUCGGAGGACACUUUCAAGAUCUCGGUGUCGGCUUCGUCCCCUGGCGUCGACUACGGCAACGUUACGGGGCAGACGGUGAACGUGACAGUGCAGCCCCUGGUCUACCUCAGAGAGCCAGUGAAAGUCCCCAGCGGAAUUGCUGUUAAACUGGGGAAAGCCAUGAUCGACGCCUCUCAGCUGGCCCGGAUCAGUCGGGUUGACCCGGUCUUUGAGGUUCUCUCACCGCCGAAACACGGAAAAUUAGUGAAGAUAACUUAUGACCCUAACCUACCGUCGGAGGUCCUGAAGUCUUUCACAUUCAGAGAUGUGGUGCAAGGCCGCGUUGCCAUCGAGGAGACGCUCAGUGAUGGCGAUGAAUCCACACUGGCCACGGCCAGGGGCCACGCGCCGGCCACACCCCUCAACGAUUCUUUCGUCUUCCUGGUAAAGGCCGGGAAUGUCCAGCCGGCUAAGGGCGAGCUCCACUUCACCAUCUUUCCCCACCACCUGAUGCGCCACGGCAGUCCCGAUCAACCCGGCACCCGCUUCCGAACGCACAACAGGACCGCCACGGGCCACGGGCACGGCGGGUCGGCCGCGCACGGCGCAGGCGGGGACAGCGGGCACCCCCACAUUUUGUCCAACAAAAACCAAAACAAAACGCACCGCAAGGUGAGGCCACACAACCGGUGGGGAAACCGCACGCGCGGUGGGAGUCAGGAAGGAAAACCGGGCAUCAGCGCAGAGGGAUCCGGAGAGGGUCACGGCCACGCCCCACAGCCCCCACCUCCCCCUAACCCAGACCCCCACGGCCCGGUGAGUCCUCCUAACACCGAGCCGGUUCACGUGGAGAUCCUCCCUCGCCCGGCCUCCGACCCGCUCCUCAUCAUUUUGCCACUCUUGGCCUGCUUGCUCCUCAUCAUCAUCCUGGUGGUUCUGAUUCUGGUGUUCCGACACCGCAAAGAGAAACAGGCCCGGCAGCGGCUCAUGCACGAACUGGCCGCUGUGCAGUUACCGGCCGACGACAGUCCCUACCUGGGCCGACCGGAGCGGAGCAUGGCCAUGCCCUCGGUGCUGGUCACCCCACUCGGCUCCGCGAGCUGCCCGACGUCCCCCAGAAUACCCAUGACUCCAAGGAGGAGCUUGGCCCCUGGGAUGACCUUCUGGGGGCCGUUUGAAUCGGAUUUAGCAGGCGGUGAUGGGAAUAUCAGAGGUUUCAAUAGCAGCGAAAGAGAUAGUAUAACUUAUCGUAACGCACUCCCUGUUUCCCCGGGAAGUUUCAAGACCCCUCGGAGAUCUAGGCCCCCUAAUCUGAGUCUAAAAGAGAACCAGUACUGGGUGUGAGAGAAGGAAAAAAAAAGAAUAAACCGUGCCUUUGAGAUGUUGUGGUCACAGAGGGUUCACUGUAUGUACACUUUGAAGGGACAUAUGGGGUAAUCUUUGGCACCUAUGAUGUGAAAUGCCAUUGUCGUCAUUAAAAAUCUAUUUUCUGCAACUAAUUUUAACAUAACACAACUUUGCCGCAGUUUGUAUUUAUAGACCAUUAAUCCAUCUUUGUAUCUGAGAGACAUGAAAUGCUUUUUUCACUGUUUCUCCAGAUUACAGUGUAUAUUGGAAAACUACAAUGAUGACUAAAUUAUUCCUGUUUAAGAAGAUGGCUGAAUGACAUGUAUGAAUAGUAUUAUGUUUAUGAAUAAGAUUAUAUUUUUGAAGAAAUGCUGGAUGGGAGAUUGAAAUGUACUGUGGAAGGGGGCAUGGUCCUUUUACAUUUAUAACUAUGAAUUUUUAUUAGCAUGGACCUCAUUUAGUUGAGUAAGUGGUAAGAGAACCUCUCAUUUUGAACCUUUCUCAGAUUUGAAUUGUUACUUCAUCCAAAACGUAUGUCAGCAGUAGAUAAUUUUACAAUAAAUACAAAUUCAGGUACUGUAAGCUUCUAAGUCCAUGUAUUCAAUGUACUGUCAACCCUUAUGCAAGCAAGUGUUAUAAGCUGUUUUGUACUUUUACGUGUCCUUUGUCUUAUUUUGUCACCACUAAAUGCCCUGAAAAUGGUACAUAACUCCUUUUAAAGAGUUUAAAAAACUAUUAAUAAUUUACUGUGAGCUGUAGCUUCCUUUAUUUGCCACUUUUGAACUCUUAUGUACUAUUUGCUGUUUGUUGAUAUGUGAAGAGA